AGCAUAUAUUAUUUUGUUAUUUUGGUAAUUUAUGAUAGGCUCAGGAAAAGGCUUUGCAGUCACUGGGGUCUCUUCAGGACAGGUAGCUGCAAGAAUCUCUGCAACGAAGCAUUUAAAAAUUAACCUGAUAUCUCAAAGUUCAUGAUGAAGCUGUGCAAUUUAUUUUCAUGACACAGAUUUGGUCCAACAUUUUUCUAAACUACUUAGCGUACUUUAUGAUUUCAGGGUAGCAAAGGAGAUUUAUUGCACUAUUUACUGCAGAAAUCGUAGAUCAUGAGGUCAGAAUUUGUUCACACUGAUUAUGUGAAUACCUGUCUGUGUGUGGGGGGGGCACCUGUGUGUAUAAUUGGCAGUAUAUUUAAAAGAGCUGCUUGCUUGUCUUGAUUUUCUUAUCUUCCUAUGUGGUUUAUAUCUCUUGAUGUAAAUGUCAUGAAAGAGGACAUGGUAGUUAUUAUUCUUUAAAGUGUCUGGAAAUAAUAAUGUCUUUCUUCUGACUCUUUGUGUCUUUCUUCUUUGUGCAGAUCAUGGAAGGAGGAGAACUACCUUGGCUUUUGGUAAAUGAAAUUGGUGGCAUAUGUGGGAUACUGCAUAGCCAUGUGCCAUUCCUGAAGAAACAUUUCCACCUCAUCACCAUGAAGGAAUUUCUUGAAAACAGAAAGGAUGUAGGUAAAAAGGUCCAAGCAAUCUAUUUGUGGUGGCACAAACCAGUCAUUGACAAAGAGCUCCUCCAGAGCAUGCCAAACUUGAAAGUGAUUGCAAAUUCAGGAGUGGGGAUGGAUCACCUGGAUCUGAAGCUUGUAGCUAGCUUUGGUGUGAAGAUGGCUAAUGCUCCACAUGCUGUUUCCACCACCACAGCAGAUACUGGGAUGGCUUUGCUGCUAGCAUCUGCUAGAAGACUAGUGGAAGCCCAUAACAUUUCCAUUUCUUCAAGUAUGGAGUACUGUGAAGCUGAUAUUCUGGGAGUUAAAGUUGCUGGAGCUACUCUGGGGAUCAUUGGCAUGGGCAGCAUUGGGUAUAAGAUUGCCCUGAGAGCCAAAGCAUUUGAAAUGAACAUUUUGUACCACAACAGGACACAGAGGAAAGUGCAAGAGGAGCAAGCUGUCGGUGCCACUUACUGCAAAACAAUAGACAGCUUGCUCCAGCAGGCAGAUUUUGUGAUGCUGGUAGUGAGCCUGACACCUCAGACAUGCAAGCUGAUCGGGAAAAGAGAGCUGGAGCUGAUGAAACCCACAGCUACCCUCAUUAACAUCAGCCGAGGUGCAGUAGUUGACCAAGAGGCGCUGGUGGCAGCUCUGCAAACUGGUGUUAUCCGGGCCGCGGCUUUGGAUGUCACCUCCCCAGAACCACUGCCCAGAGAUCAUCCAUUGUUAAAAUUAAAGAACGUCAUUAUAACACCUCACCUCGGCAUUAAAACAGACAAGGCCACGUACAUGAUAACAGAGGAAGCAGUUGAAAACAUACUAGCAGCCCUGAAUGGUCUCCCCCUACCCAGUGAAGUGCUCCCUAGCUGAUGUGCGAAAGGAUAUCACAUCUCUUUUCAUUCUUUUUCUCUUUUUAUUCUUAUCUUUCCCCUCUAUAUCAGCUCUAAAGAUCUUUUUAAAUACAAGAAUGUCCAUACACCUCACUAAAGCUUGGAAGGAAGCAGUUUGCCAUCCUCUCAGCUAUGUUUAUAUACUUUAUGUUGUCUAAUGCAAGUCCAAAAGACAAAUAAACCAAUACACGAA